AUGUGGCGCAACUUGGCGUACGGGUCGCAGCAGGCGGCGGAUGCGGCGCCCGCCGUGGUCCCCACCAAGGCGGCAACGAAGGAGUUGGUGGUCUCGCAAGUGGACGCGUCCUCCGUGCCCAAGAAUGACGGCGCCAAGGUCUACAAGAUCCUGGAGUAUCUGCGCAAGGUCCCCAUGCAUAAGGCCGUGGCCGUGGCCGACAUCUUCAAGCACACGGGCGUUGACCUGACGAUGGACGACCAGGUGGAGCAGCGCCUCAAGAACAACCCGAAAGUUCGGGUGCAGGGAGAUCAGUAUGCCUACCAGGCUAAAUACGACAUCAAGAACCGGAUGCAACUGCUUAAGAUCCUCGACAGGAUUCCUGAGGGCAUGCCCAUCGAGGACUUGAUCGAUUGUUACGUCGGCGUGGAGGACGAUUUGAAGGAGCUCACUCGCACGGGAGAGAUUAUAUGCCUGAAGAAUGCUGACAAGGGCGCGGAGGUGUACUAUUCUCGCGGGCCUGCGUUCCUCGUCGACCUCUCGGGAGUUGCCACGGUUGAGGCUGGCAGCUACUUGGCCCAUUCCAGCCAAGAAAUCACUGGUGAAAUUCGUCGUGGUGAUGCAUUGCGCAUUGGUGAUAAUUGGUUCCGCGUUUCAGCUGCGGUCAAGAGCUCGAGUACGACUCGCCCAGCGCCAUUUGCGGGGAUGGCGACGAAGAGUGUCUCGUCGACACGUGAUCCGAACGUGUCGAAGAAGAUCAAGUACAUGUUCAAGUUUGACAAGGAUCAUCUUCCUUUGGACGUUCCCUUUCCGGACGCCAAGAGGAGGAAUAUUGCUAGCAGCGAUCGCUGGGACCUUCUGCCUAAGCGAGGGCCGAAGUUCCAAAUGGUGAAACACGGCUGCUCAAAUGACAUCCGCCAGCUGUGGCGUGACACCUUGCGGGCAUGGCCCUCGGAUCGCGCUGAAUUUGAGAAGAAACUGGUUCAGGCUGGGCUUACGACGCAGGCUAAGGUUGACGCUAGCCGCCGCCAGAUGAAGCGUCGUCUGAAGGAGGACAAGAAAAAGAACCGUCCUCGCAAGCAGCGUGAUAUUAAGAUUACAAACCACCAUCUCAUCGGUACGAAACUCGGCGAGAUUUUGGCGAAGGGCAGCCAGGAGCAGUUCACGCUUGGCGCCGUCAAGUUCGAGAAGAAGUAG